AUGUCAAAAGGGUUUUAUGGUCUUAAUGCUACUACUACCACCGCUACUACCACCACCACCACCACUACCACUACUACCACCACUACCACUACUACCACCACUACUACUAACACUACUACUACUACUACUGCUACUACUACUACUAACACUACUACUACUACUGCUACUACUACUACUACUGCUGCUACUACUACUACUAAUACUAAUACCAAUACUACUACAACUACUACUAUUAGUAGUAAGAAUAAUAAUAAUAAUAAAUCACAUCUGUUUAAAUUGUAA